CUUCCCUUCCCUUGCCGCACGCCACCCCCACCAUCCUCUACUUAUACGCGCGCCCCCGUCGAUCUAUCCCGUCCCUCACUUUCCUCUCGAUUUCGAUCGGAGCUUGCUGCUGCAGAUUAGGCCAUGGCGUCCAAGCGGAUCCUCAAGGAGCUCAAGGACCUGCAGCGGGAUCCACCCACCUCCUGCAGCGCAGGCCCUGUGGCAGAAGAUAUGUUUCACUGGCAAGCUACGAUCAUGGGUCCAACAGAAAGCCCAUAUGCCGGUGGUGUCUUUUUGGUUACCAUCCACUUUCCUCCAGACUACCCGUUCAAGCCACCCAAGGUUGCAUUUAAGACAAAGGUUUUCCACCCAAAUAUCAAUAGUAAUGGGAGCAUAUGUCUUGAUAUCUUGAAGGAGCAAUGGAGCCCUGCAUUGACAGUUUCCAAGGUACUCCUUUCAAUCUGUUCUCUGCUAACGGACCCAAACCCUGACGACCCGUUGGUUCCUGAGAUCGCGCACAUGUACAAGAGCGACCGUGUGAAAUAUGAGUCCACCGCGAGGAGCUGGACCCAAAAGUAUGCGAUGGGAUGAAGCUGCAGGUCUGUAGGUGGAAGAUGCUGUAGCCAUCUUCGCUGCAUCUCGUGUAUCUUUGUUCCUGUUCUACUAUGUGGGGUGUAUUAUAUGGGAUGUACUGCCCACCUGACUGAAUUCCAAUGCCAUAUUGCCAAACCAUGGCAGAAGGCCUAUAUGGGUGCACCCAUACAACAAAAUUAAUGAAAGAAACUGGAACCGAAACUCCAGUUGUUCCGCUGCUUGA